CCAUGAACGUUUUCUGGCUGUUGGGUUUCUCGGUGUCAUUUCUAGGUGCAGUUCAGGGCGAGGGCAACUGUUCGGUUUGCUCUGCUUGGACCGAUCGACCAGUUUGUGGCUUUAACAAUGUGUGUUACACCAGUUUUAAAACCACCUGCGAAAUGGAAAUGCUAAAUUGCAAACUACCAGAUCCAUACAAGUUUUUUGAGGCUCCGUUUUAUGGUCACUGCUUUAGAUCUACUGUACAAAAAUGCAAAGCAUAUCACCUACUUGAACAGAUAAAUAAUGUAGAUGCAUCCGUCGAAAUGUUUGUUUGACUCGUGAUUAAUUUACAUAUUACUUUUUACAAGUACUUUAAAGAAAGUUUUAUUUAUAAUUAGCUUUCACUUUAUAAAAGAGCCAUUGAUUCAGCACAUUACAGCUGGGAAAUGAAACCGAAUAAUAUUAAAAAACAAUUUUCUUAAUCCUCA